UUUCAACAGUAAAUUGUCAAAUGAGAUAUUUUUUAAAUUUAAUGUUUAUUUACAAAUAUUUUUAAAUAAAACCUUAUUUAUAACCUAUCCAUAUUAAUAAAGUUGAAUAUAAUUAAAACUUACCUUUACCCUAAAAACAAAUCGUAAUAUAACAGGUUAAUUAGAAAAAUGGAUGAAGAUGAUGAUAUUCCAAGUUUGUCGGCGGAAACUUUUGCAGCAUUACAAGAAUUCUAUGCCGAACAAGACAAACGUCUAGAAAUACUAAACAAGUUGGAAGCAGACCAAAAAUUAAAUGAAAAUAUUAUAUUUGAAGAAAACUGGCAACUAAGCCAGUUUUGGUAUAAUGAAGCAACAAUACAAGCCCUUGUCCAAGUAAUUGAGAAAUCUGUUCCCAAUGGUGGGAAGGUUGCAUUAAUAUCAUGCCCCACACUUUUUGUACCAGCCAAAAGACAUAUGGGAAAUAGAAUUAGCUUAUCACUUUUGGAAUAUGAUAGAAGAUUUGAAGUUCAUGCGCCAGAUUAUAUUUUCUAUGAUUAUAAUACACCAGAUAAGUUGCCACAAGGUUUAGAACACACAUAUGACUUAGUUAUUGCAGAUCCACCAUUCCUAGCUGAGGAAUGUAUUCAAAAAACUUCAGAAACAGUCAAAUUAUUAUCUAAAGAUAAGAUUGUAGUAUGUACAGGUACAGUUAUGAAAGAAAAUAUAGAAAGAUUGUUGAAUUUAAAAAUUUGUGAAUUUGAACCACAGCACAGGAAUAAUCUAGCUAAUGAAUUUUCAUGUUAUGCUAACUUUGAUUUGGAUGCUGUUUUAAGAUAAACUAUAGGCACAAUUUGAUUUCAAAUUAUCUAUUGUAUAUAUUAUAAUGAAAAAUAAUUAUUAAAUUAGGUACAGAUUG